GACGCUAACCCUCUUUAAACUCCACUGAAGAAGAAGAAGAAGAAGCAGAAGUGGGGGUAUUUUAUAUGCCACACUGCUGUCAAGGCAACAGAACUCAUGUUGCUAGCUAGCAGGGCCGUGAAAUAAAUUAAAUCAUGUUGCAAAACGUGGAAUUUCUUAUAUUUGAGGCAUAAUUUGCUUGCUAGAGCAAUUAGAUUCUAGCGUUUGCCACUUGCGGAGCGAACUUUAGCCACUCGUUGUUGCUGAAGUUAGCUAGCUAGCUAGCUAACAAAACAAGUUUGUCACAGACAAAAGGGGAAACCAGUGUCUUUGAGUUUGUCAUUUUGUAAAAAUAAUAUAUGUUCUACGUAUUAACUAGUUAACUAUGGCAAGUAAAAAGCUCAGAAGAACGGGUGUGUCACUCGAAGUAUGCGAACGACUCAAGCGCCACCAAAUUGAAAGUUGCCAGAAUAGAUGGAGUAGAAACGAGAUGCCUUUCGCAACGGUGACUACUAUGCCCCUUGUCACCAGGACCUGCUGUCCCUCACACCUCUAGAGGUGAUGCGCCUCGCGGGGCAGAGUUACCAACAGGUGUUGAUGCUACUUCAGUCAGUCAGCAAGGCCUGUGCCCCCUCAAUGACCACGGCGUUGGAGGUGUGGAAGCAGAGGGCUGACCUGUGUUUCUCCACAUCCCUACCUGCCCUGGACAGACUGCUUCAGGGUGGGCUACCACGGGGGACACUCACAGAGGUGACUGGCCCCUCAGGUUGUGGGAAGAGCCAGGUGUGUAUGAUGCUCAGUGUGCUGGCCACUCUGCCAAAGUACAUGGGUGGCCUCGACAGCGGAGUUAUCUACAUAGAUACAGAGGCGGCUUUCUCAGCGGAGAGGUUAGUGGAGAUUGCUCAGAGCAGGUUUCCAGACUACUUCUGUGAGAAGGAGCGUGUGUUGGAGAUGGCUGGACGUGUCCACCUUUUUCAGGAGCUCACGUGUCAGGAUGUCCUGGACAGACUGGAGAGGCUGGAGGAGGACAUCAUCUCCUCCAAGGCUGGGUUGGUGAUUCUUGACUCGGUGGCCUCAGUGGUGAGGAAGGAGUAUGACACAACACUUCCGGGGAACCUCAGUCACCGCAGCAACCUGCUGGGCCAGGAGGCUGCCACCCUCAAAUACCUGGCUCAGGCCUUUCACAUCCCUGUGGUCUUGACCAACCAGAUCACGACGCAUGUGGGCGAUCGAGGGGAGAGAGGCGCUGCGUCAUUCAGGGGAGCAUCCGAUGAGAGGGAUUCUGGGUAUGUGACGGCGGCGCUGGGGAACACAUGGAGUCAUAGCGUCAACACCCGCCUCAUUGUCCAGUAUGUAGACGCACACCAAAGACAGAUUGUGAUAGCGAAGUCACCUGUGGCCCCGUUUGCUGUUCUAAACUACACCGUCCAGAAGGAGGGCAUCCGUCUAGAGGAUGUGCGGACCAGAAACCCAGUGACAACACUCGGGUCUGUAGCUGUCAUUUCCCGGCGGGAAAGAGAAAUGAUCAACCACACCCUCAGCAAGUAUGCUGGAUGUGAUGUACUCUCUCACUCUGAGGGAAAGACAUAAUUUAAUCGUCACAGAUUUAAAUUCCCACUGUGCCCAUGAUAGAAUACAAUGUGAAUUGUUUUGUACUACUGAAUGAAACUGAGAUGCACUCAGACCAGCCUUUGUGGUUGAACUUACAUCACUUUAGUUGGAUGCUUUGAGCAAAACUUGUAUGGAAUAUAACCUAUUCUGGGAGCCUAGUGUGUGUGUGUAUGAACUAUGUGGAAUAUUUUUGGACCAUUGUCUUCCCUGAAAACGGGUACUGACAAGAGGAGCAAUAUGAAUCUGUCAGAUGUCGUCACGCCAGAUGGGGAUGGUGAUGGAAGCUUUGGUGGUACACACAACGAAGAAGCAGAUGUCCCUUCCAGUGAUGUGGAGCUGACCUUGGACCUGGUGCCAGUAAGGAUGGUCUUCAGAGGCUGUAAGACCCUCCGUCCUUGAAAUAGAAUUUCUUUGACUUUACUGCCUCUUCAAUGGUAAGGUACCUUGCACCAUAGGGACACUUGAAAUCCACCACUGCUGUGUUGUCCACCAGACCAUCCAAGACCCCGUGACCCAAAUCCCUGACUCCUGCACAUCCGUCUAUGUGGUCAUUUGCCAUGAUGCCUCACUGGAUGGUCUGGUGCCCUUCUCUUCAUUAUCUGUGCUCCACUUUACAGACAACACCUCAUCCAACGACUGAUCUAAGGACCCUUUUUAGCAGCGAAGCAGUAACCCGCUUGGCCCUAACCACUGUUCCAUAAUUGCUGGCCGUCAACCUCCCUUUCCUCUUGGUGUGCCAGUUGGGGUUGGUGCUCUGUCCAACUGUUAUCUGCCCUAUAGCCUCCUGCUUCUCCACCGACAGCAUCAUGCCAGUCAGGAUGCCUCCAUGCCUCAGGUGCCUUUGUUUUUUAACUAUGUCCGGUACAGACAAUGAUGACAGAGAGGGUAGAGGUUGUUGUGGCUCAGGUUCAAGGAGACAUGAUAUUCCACUGAACCUGCCCCGGAGACGGUUCCUUAGCCACUGAAGAUCCUCCUCUGUGGGCUCUCGGAACAGAGGGUUGUAGUCUUCAGCCGGGUGCAGGUCCUUCACUAACUGACUGCACCUGGUUGGGCAUGGUUGGCUUCCUCCACUCACACUCCACAUCCGUACGGCUGAUAUUGGGAACUGCCAAAAUUGGCUGCAUGGCUACACUGAUGAGCUUCACGGAGGCAUUCCCAUGUGGUAGAGAGAAUCCCCUGGUCACCAAUAGAGGCCUGCCAAGAGGAAGGAUGUUAAGUGCCACAUGCCUUUCCAUGCAUGACUUUGAACACCUUGAAAUGCAUUCGUUGUAAGAAAUGUGCUGUAUAAAUAAAGUUGGAUUUGGUUGA